GUCCUCUGCCUUUUCCAAUCGUCGCGUUUCAAAGUGGAUAAAGAUAAACCUCCCUUGGCGAUAAACCUCUGAAAAAACUUCCGACCACCGGCGGUAGUAGUAAUGUCCACUGUCACUGCAACGGCUGCCUUGUUCGCUGCAAAACCCUUCUCCAUUUCUGCGUCGUUUCCUUCCCUCUGCAAGUUUUCGAUUUCCCAUGCGUUUCUCUCCUCCGCUAAAGCUUCGUUCUUUCCCCUGCAACCCCCUCGCUCUUCAUCUCCACUUCCCGGGUUAAUUACGUGCAAAUCCACCAUAGACGAUGACCAAGAUGAAAUAGCUGAACCAGACACUGAGUUGGAUCAGGAAUUUGAUGAGUCUGACGGAGAGGAUUACGAGUUUGACGUCGAUGAGCUCGAACAGGAAGCUAAAGUUGCAGUCAGGGAGUACUCAUCGUCCUUGUCCCGUGAAUUGAUAAUCGACGAUGAGGCUGAUACCAGAAAAGAAUCUAGGAAGCAGAGGAGGAAGAAGCUCACAGUUAAAGAGAUUCCAGAUCAUCUUCUCUCAAAGGUAGCCAUUGUUGGAAGACCUAAUGUUGGGAAAUCAGCAUUGUUUAACCGCCUUGUUGGGGAGAACAAGGCUAUUGUGGUGGAUGAACCAGGAGUUACUCGUGAUCGUCUCUACGGAAGAUCCUUUUGGGGUGAUCAUGAGUUCAUGGUGGUGGAUACCGGAGGGGUAAUCACUGUGUCGAAAUCAAAAAAUGAAGUUAUGGAGGAACUUGCUAUCACAACGACCAUUGGCAUGGAAGGGAUUCCGCUUGCCUCUAGGGAAGCUGCAGUUGCUAGGAUGCCCUCAAUGAUCGAGAGACAAGCUACUGCUGCUGUGGAGGAAUCCUCUACCAUUAUAUUCCUUGUUGAUGGACAGGCAGGCCUAACAGCAGCUGAUGUGGAGAUAGCGGAUUGGCUAAGAAAGCAUUACUCCCACAAGUUUGUGAUUCUUGCCGUCAAUAAGUGUGAAUCUCCGAAGAAAGGGAUCAUGCAAGUUUCAGACUUUUGGACAUUGGGGUUCUCACCGCUCCCUAUAUCAGCUUUAUCUGGAACUGGAACUGGGGAGCUCCUUGACCUUGUGUGUUCAGGACUAGCUAAACCAGAGGUUUCCGAAGAUCUCCAUGAAGAACUAGAAGAAGAUUACAUUCCAGCAAUUUCAAUUGUUGGCCGGCCAAAUGUUGGGAAAAGCAGCAUUCUAAAUGCAUUGGUUGGUGAGGAUAGAACUAUAGUUAGCCCCAUCAGUGGAACUACGCGUGAUGCCAUUGAUACUGAAUUUACAGGACCAGAUGGCCAGAAGUUCCGACUCAUCGAUACAGCUGGAAUCAGGAAAAGGGCCGCCGUGGCUUCUUCAGGUAGCACCACAGAGGCAUUAUCAGUGAACCGAGCAUUUCGAGCCAUUCGGCUUUCUGAUGUUGUUGCUCUGGUCAUUGAGGCCAUGGCAUGCAUCACAGAGCAGGAUUUUAAAAUAGCUGAAAGAAUUGAGAAGGAAGGUAAAGGCUGCCUGAUAGUUGUCAAUAAAUGGGACACCAUACCAAACAAAAACCAGCAGUCUGCAGUGUACUACGAACAAGACGUGCGAGAGAAGCUCCGUAUACUUCAAUGGGCUCCCAUAGUUUACGCCACUGCGAUUUCUGGCCACAGCGUUGACAGGGUGAUUGUUGCGGCUAGCGAAGUCGAAAAGGAGAGGUCGAGGAGGCUAAGUACAGCCACAUUGAAUCAAGUGGUACAGGAAGCACUGGCCUUUAAGUCGCCUCCAAGGACUCGAGGUGGUAAGAGAGGUCGUAUCUAUUACUGCACUCAGGCUGCAAUCAGGCCGCCCACAUUCGUGUUCUUCGUAAACGAAGCAAACCUCUUCCCUGAGACUUAUCGAAGGUACAUGGAGAAGCAACUCCGCAAGGAUGCAGGAUUUCCAGGCACUCCAAUACGGUUACUGUGGCGCAACAGAAGGAAAAUGGGGAAAAUGGAUGGUGCUGGUGGCAAAGGGCCAGGAGGAAGAGCACAACCGAGCCUGAAAUCUCGUGGCAGAAAGUUGGCACUGACUUCAUGAAAAAAGAGGUACAGACCCUUUCAGACCAUUAAAACCAAACGCCCGUUUAGCCAAAGCUAGCUUCUUUUUGGUACACUGCCGACAGUAGAGCAUGGAGAUUUCCACAGUGAAUUUGCAGUUUGUGGGUCAGCCUGCAGAAGAAAUUUUGGCUGCCUUAGUAGUGCCGGUGGGAGACCUGCUGUAAAUUGCAAUAUGUUGUACAAGGCACAGAUAAGUUGGGAAGCUGCUAGAUAAUGAUAAUGAUAAUGAUCAUAAUUAUAAUUUGUUGUUCAUGUCUAAUGAUUGUUUUUCAUUAAUGACUGUGAUUAAUGGUGGUUGCAUAUUCAUUAAUUGGUUGGUAUGAAUUAUGAGCUCGUAAUCUUAUGGAGGUUUCAGAGAUUAUGUUGUUCUUGGGUGAAAAUGUGGGCGCAAGAGGGUGUUCUGAUCUUUAUUUUUCUAUCAAAUGGGUUCGAGCGAUUCCCGCAUUGUGGGUAAGGAACCAAUUCGAAUACCGACUUAUAAACAAAUCAAUUUAUAUCUUAUAAGUUGGAUUACGAUAAUUCUAUGAAUUAUCUUAUUAUGAUCUCAUAUUAAUACCUGUGGCCUGUUCCCAAUUAAAUAUCGGCUCAUUUGCAGCCAAUAUGACAAGUAGUGGAUAGGUUGUCAUUUUCCUUACUGACUGGAAUGAGUUCAAUUCUGCAUGGGGACAGGCCUUGAGACCACAACUGGGAUCUCUACCAAGAAUCAAUAAAUGUGACAACUGUCG